UUUCUUGCAUUUUGUUAUAUAUAAAAGUUACACUACUUCACAGAAACCAAAAUAUAUGCCAUACCACGUGAACUAUGCAUAUUUGAUACUAUUUUCAUGACACAGCAAAUAACAGUGAUGGCAACAACAGCUGCACGUGAACUAUGGAGUGGUAUAGCUUAACACCACAAACAUAUGGGCAGAGAAAGAGAGCAUUAGUAAUUGUUCAGAGAGAGAGAGAGAGAGAGAGAGAGAGAGAGGGAGAGAGAUUCUUCAAUGGAGAAACAUGGUUGUGAGAUUGAAGCAAUAGGCAUCAACUACACAAUCUGCACUGAAAAGAAAGAACACCCUUUUAAGUUCUUUGCCAAAGUCCAACACCACCACCACCACCAAGAAGAUGAGCAGUCACAAGAACCACCACAAAAGCUUAAUGACAAAAGUAACCCCGGAGUCCGGCACGUCCUGAAGGACAUCCACUGCCGGGCCAAACCAUGGGAAAUCCUUGCCAUUGUGGGCCCUAGCGGCGCGGGGAAGUCGUCACUGCUCGAGAUCCUUGCCGGAAAACUCGCCCCGCAAACCGCAUCCAUUUUCGUCAACCAAAAGCCGGUCGACAAACCCAGGUUCAACAAAAUAUCCGGCUAUGUCACCCAAAAGGACACCCUAUUCCCACUCCUCACUGUUCAGGAAACCCUCAUGUUCAGUGCGAAACUCCGGUUAAGGCUCCCUCAUUCCCAGUUGAGUUCAAGAGUCAGCUCACUGAUACAAGAACUCCGACUAGAUCAUGUAGCUGGAGUACGUGUCGGUGAUGACAAAGUCCGAGGGUUAUCCGGUGGAGAAAGGCGGCGAGUAUCGAUCGGUGUUGAUGUUAUUCAUGACCCUAAAGUGCUAAUUCUUGAUGAACCCACUUCAGGGCUUGACAGCACAUCAGCUCUUCAGAUCAUUGACAUGCUCAAGACCAUGGCUGAAACCAGGGGUAGGACCAUAAUCCUGAGCAUCCACCAACCCGGGUUCAGAAUUGUGAAAUUGUUCAAUUCCAUCCUUUUAAUGGCUAAUGGGUCUGUUUUGCAUCACGGCUCGGUUGAUCAGCUUGGCCUGCAGCUGAGACUCAUGGGUUUACAACUCCCUCUCCAUGUCAACAUUGUUGAGUUUGCCAUUGACUCAAUUGAAGCAAUUCAACAGCAGAAAUCACUGCAGUGGCAAGAAAUGCAAAUACAAUUACCAUCCACACCGCAACAACUGAAGAGAAAUGAUGAGGGUGAGUAUAAAAGUGGUAAGCGCACUUUGCAACAACUCUUUCAGCAAUCUAAAGUGAUAGAUGAGGAAACCAUGGAUAUUGGAGUUGAUUUUCCUAGUGGUUUUGCAAAUUCUAGAUUUGGAGAAACCAUAAUUCUCACUCACAGGUUUUCCAAAAACAUAUCUCGAACCAAGGAGCUGUUCGCGUGUCGGACGCUUCAAAUGCUCAUGGCAGGGCUCAUAUUGGGUUCAAUCUUCUACGAUCUAAAAGAUGAUUUAUCUGGAGCAGAGGAAAGGGUUGGCCUAUUUGCGUUCAUAUUAACAUUUUUGUUAACAAGUACAAUAGAAGCUCUACCUAUUUUCCUACAAGAGAGGGAGAUACUGAUGAAGGAGACAUCUAGUGGAAGCUAUAGAGUCUCAUCAUAUGCCAUAGCCAAUGGUCUAGUUUACUUGCCCUUUCUACUCAUAUUGGCCGUUUUAUUCACAGUACCACUAUAUUGGCUUGUUGGGUUAAACCGGAGUUUCAUGGCAUUCCUUCACUUUCUGUUGUUGAUUUGGCUAAUUCUCUACACGGCGAAUUCAGUCGUGGUGUGUUUCAGUGCACUUGUGCCUAAUUUCAUCGUCGGAAACUCGGUGAUCUCUGGUGUGAUGGGUUCGUUCUUUUUGUUCUCCGGCUACUUCAUUUCAAAGCACGGGAUGCCGAGUUACUGGAUUUUCAUGCAUUAUGUGUCGCUAUUCAAGUACCCGUUUGAAGGGUUCUUGAUAAAUGAAUUCUCCGGUGCAGGGAAGUGCUUACAGUUCAUGUUUGGGGCGUGUGCCGUGAGCGGUGAGGAUAUGCUUAGAGAGGAAGGGUACGGGGAGGAAAGCAGGUGGAGGAAUGUUGUUAUUAUGGUGUGCUUUAUUUUGGUUUACAGGUUCAUUUCCUAUGUCAUUCUUAGGUGUAGAUGCUCUCAGAGGGGCCUUAAGGGUGCCCUUCUCUGAAUAAACAUGCAGUGACCUCUAAAGGGUGCAUGCCAACGGCCUGUAAUGUAACUAACUGAAGGAUCAUGUGGUCAUAUGAUUUGGCAUAGAGGUCAAUGUAAAUACAUGUACUGUCAUUUUGAUAAUUGUGUGUACUCUUCGUAUU